UGCUCAGUUGGAACUUGCUUUAACGGUGGGAAAUGCUACGGUGGAAUGUCUCAGCUGUGCCAGUGUCCAGAGGGAUUUCAGGGGCCACGCUGCCAGUAUGAUGUCGACGAAUGUGCAGUAAGAAAUGGAGGCUGCCAGCAGAGUUGUGUUAACACUGUGGAAUCCUACCAUUGUGAAUGUGAUACAGGAUAUCGGCUUCACACCGAUAGACGCACUUGCAUAAGGAUUGACCCCUGUGCAACCGGAAACGGGGGUUGCUUGCAUAUCUGCCGAAAUGAAAGUGGACUUGCAAAGUGUGAAUGCAAUUCUGGAUAUCACCUUUCUGCAGAUGGGAAGUCUUGUGCAGAUGUUGAUGAAUGUGUCGAGGGGGUAGCCAGGUGUUCUCAUCGCUGUGUGAACACCCUGGGGUCUUUUGCCUGCAUUUGCAAUCCUGGCUUUGAACUUGGGUCAAAUGGAAGGCAGUGUUACCGCAUCGAAAUGGAAAUCAUCAGCAGCUGUGAAGGCAACAAUGGUGGUUGUUCUCAUCGCUGUGAGCAUUCAACCAAUGGGCCACUGUGUUCUUGUAAUGAAGGAUAUGUCUUGGAUUUAGAUGGGAAGACCUGCACAGACUUGGAUGAAUGUGAGACAGGAGAUGCCUGCUGCUCACAGUUCUGUGUCAAUUACGUUGGAGGUUACGAAUGCAGCUGCAAGGCAGGAUUCCGGCUUCACCUGGAUGGCUGCGGGUGUGAUGAUGUGGACGAAUGCCUUGCUGACACCCACAGUUGUGACCAGCGCUGCAUUAAUUCCUUGGGUUCCUAUGAAUGUGUGUGCGAGAAGGGGUACCAGCUGGGCGCCAACAGACACUCUUGCAGCUAUGGUGAGGAGUUAGAAGUGGAAGAGGAAGAGCUGGAAGAGGUCAAAAUUCCCUACCUUCGCUUCAGAAAACUGCCUCAGCUCCUCCAUUUCAGUACAGCACUCAAUUCCUUCUAUGAGGAUGAGGACCAUGACGUCCGUGGAGAACUUGCUCUCGAGCACACAACUGUGUGCCUGGAUAACACAUUUGGCAGUGACUGCAGCUUAAGCUGUGCUGAUUGUAUGAAUGGAGGGAAAUGCAACAGCGAAAACAGCAGCUGUGCUUGUCCGCCUGGCUGGACUGGCAUUACCUGCAAUGAAACCUGCUCCGCGGGGACCUACGGGAAAGAUUGUAGCAGCCUCUGCAAGUGUCAAAACGGAGGUUCCUGUGACCCUGCGACUGGGGAGUGCCGUUGCCCACCAGGAAUUAAUGGAAAGUUUUGUGAAGAUGGUUGCCCCAAAGGACUUUAUGGGAAACACUGCAACAAGAAAUGUAAUUGUGCUCACAGUGGAUAUUGUCACAAACUCUAUGGAGCUUGUUUGUGUGACCCUGGGUUGUACGGCCGCUUCUGUCAUCUAACUUGUCCCAAAUGGGUCUUUGGAGCGGGAUGCUCAGAAGAAUGCCGGUGCUUAAAAGAGAAUACUUUGGAUUGCAGUCCCAGGAAUGGUUCUUGCAUCUGCAAACCGGGGUAUGAAGGAAGCAAGUGUCAAAAAGAGUGCCCUGAUGGUUUCUGGGGUGCAAACUGUCAAUUCCAGUGUGAGCUCUGUGAGAAUGGAGGCCGGUGUAACACUGUGACCGGGAAAUGUGAAUGCCCACUGGGAUACACUGGACAAUACUGCAACACUUCAUGUCCUGCUGGUUACCAUGGAAAAAACUGCUUGCUGCAAUGCAGUUGCAAUAGUGGUGCUCCGUGUGACCCCAUCACAGGUGAAUGCAUGUGUCCCCCGGGCUGGAUCGGCCGUGAUUGCAAGCAACGUUGCCCCAGGGGAACAUUUGGCCCCAGCUGUAAGUCCAGCUGUCAGUGCCGGAAUGGAGCCUUCUGUGACCCCGCGAGCGGAGCCUGCAAUUGUGCAGCCGGUUGGACAGGAAUCUUUUGUGAGAAAGCCUGUCAUCAUAACCAUUACGGACAAGGCUGCCAUUGGGUUUGCAAUUGUCAGAAUGGAGCAGUCUGUGAUCACACAACUGGCGUAUGUCUUUGUCCCAAGGGCUGGAGAGGACCACUCUGUCAAGAAGCUUGUCUGCCAGGCACAUACGGGGAGAACUGUAACCAAGUGUGUCAGUGUUCUGGCAAGAAUGAAGAGUGCCACCAUGUCACGGGCCAGUGUGGCUGCAUGGCGGGGUACUACGGAAUCCACUGUGACCUCAGAUGUCCAGAAGGUACCUACGGCCCAUACUGCAGGAAAGCGUGUAAAUGUGUAAACGGAGGGCGUUGUGAUCCUAUGACAGGAGCUUGCAGUUGUCCUCCUGGCUUCAUCGGAGCUGACUGUGGUCAAACUUGUCCAGAGCAUUACUAUGGGCGGGAUUGCACCUCAUUCUGUUCCUGCAUUCAGGGACAUUGUGACCCAGUGACCGGCAAGUGCUACUGUCCUCCUGGCCGAAUUGGACCAAGCUGCAGUCAAGUGUGUCCCCAGGGAAGAUAUGGCCCUUACUGUCAGCUAAAAUGUCUGUGUCAGAAUGGUGGUGUCUGCGAUCCUGUAAAUGGGACAUGCACCUGUGGACUUGGCUGGACAGGAAAAUAUUGUGAGAAAGAAUGUACUGCUGGAAAAUAUGGUUCUGGUUGUCAGCUAGAUUGCUCUUGCCAGAAUAAUGGAACCUGUGACAGGUUUACAGGCUGUUGUCAUUGCCCAGAAGGUUAUUAUGGACAUUCCUGUGAACAUACCUGCCCUUCUGGAUUUUAUGGUCUCAAAUGCCGGUAUCCAUGCCACUGCAAAAAUGGAGCUACCUGUCUUCCAACCACAGGGCAGUGCCUUUGUCUUCCUGGCUUCCAAGGAGUACAGUGUGAAAAGGGUUGUGCCAUUGGGUGGUUUGGGGAUAAAUGUCAACACCGGUGUGACUGUGAAGGAUCAGCUCGGUGUGAUCCAGUGACUGGGAAUUGCCUUUGCCUGCCCGGCAGGACUGGGGAGAGAUGUGAAAUAGAAUGCAGGCCAAACAGAUAUGGCCCCAACUGCUCUCAGCAAUGCAAGUGUGCUAAUAGAUCCCAGUGCAAUGCUCGCAAUGGGAGAUGCACUUGUCUCCACAAGUGGAUGGGAUCAACUUGUGAAGAAGGUGGCCCUCCAAAGCUUCCGUUUCUAUGAAGAACAAACUCAGGGAUGAGGGAAUGCUUUUUCAAGAUCGCAACAACAGGAACACUUGGACUAAUGAAUGAACUGUUUUAUAUGCACAGACGGUAUUUAACUUUGGGAAUGAGAGCUGCUAUUCAUUUCAGCUUGAACUGUACUGAAAAAUUCACACUUCUUCUCGCAGGGCUACAGUAUCCGCUAAGUAGCUGGAUCCCACUUAAAACUUCUAAAUCC